UAUACCCCCCCCCACCGAUGCUCUCCACACAUUACUGCUGGGGACAGUGUGCAGGACCUUACAAGGUCAGCUGGUCACCCCUGGAAACCAUCCCAAAAGUCUGAAACGCCAAACAGCAGCCAUGUACAGGAGUUACACGCAGGCCAAGUUGCCUAUGGAUACCAAAAAACUUCACAAGACCAAGGAGAGAAGUUGUGGCUACUACCUGAAGAUCGUCUUAUUUUUCUCUUCACUGAUUCAGUCACUCAUCAUCGUCAGCCUGGUGCUCUUCCUGGUGUACGGCCAGUCGGGGAACUCGGGCGAGGAGAAGAGAGUGCAGGAGCUGGAGAAGAGCUGCAACAAGCUCAUGGAGGAGAAGAAGAGCCUGCAGCAGCAGAGCGUGAUGCUGUACAAGAAGCUGAAUGAGACGAGCAUCACCAUCGGCAAAAAAGACAAGGAGCUGAUCAGCCUGCGGUCGAUGGCCAAUCACUCCUACUUUCACUUUCAGGGCUUACAGAAGAGGCUGAAUUCAUGUGAAGACGAAAUGCAAGCUCACAAGAAACGACAGUUUCCUGGCCCAGUCCCUGAUAACUGUCAAAGAGAAUUGACGAAGGCGAACCUACAGGUCCAGCAGCUGCUUCGGGAAAAGUUCAACUUCAGCCAGACUUGCCAGGAGCUAAACACAGCUCAAGAAACAGCAAAAAAGAAGAUCAUCGGCCUCGAACAGUCCAAUGCUGAUCUUCGGCGGCAAAAGACAUCCAUGGAGAAGUCGCACGCCAUGUUCAGUCGGGAGUGUAAACAGGACUAUGUGAAUGCAUUAGGGGGCAUCAGCACCGUCACUAAGGCCUUCCUGGAUAAGAUCGAGAACUUCUUCAGCUGUGCCAGCACCUUCUUCAUCACGUGUGAAAAACGAUCAAUGUACCUGGAGCAAGUUCAUACCAACUGCACCGGCCUGUCUCGAGAAAUGGAAUCCAAGUUCCAGAGCUACCUGAACCACGUGGGCCACAUCAUGUCCAACAUCCGGAAGAACAACACCGACCUGAUGGCGCAAAACGAAGAACUGAUGAAGGAACUGCAGGAGUGCCGGCAGUCUUCGUUGGCGAGGGUGGAGGAGGGCAGCCGGCGCCUGCAUGAGGAGCAGGAGAGGCACGGCCGCGAAAAGGAGCAGAUGCUCAAGGACAAGAAGAAGCUGGAGAGUGAUAAGGAGCUCCAGGAGCAGCAGCUCAAGCUGAGGUUCUUGGAGUUGAACCACAUCAAUAGCGAGAAGCAGAGGCUGAAUGCCUCCCUGCUCUCCUGCAUUAGGAUGACCGGGGGAGGGGGCAGUUUGGUCCCACCCGGACGGUCGGAGUUCGGAGAUACGAUGAGCCACAUGAAGGAGCUGCAGAAGUACGCCGUGGGCCGCUGAACCUGAGUACAGGAUGCACAUCGAGCAGGAGAAAGAAGAACACUCUGGUGACCAUUUGAAGACACAUCACCAAGGCAAUCCUGUUUGUCAUUCAUCAAUAAAUAUAGAGCUUGUGUGUGUGUGGGGGGGGC